UGAAGGUACAUAGCUGCUGGAUCGGUUCGUUGUGGCAGUACAUCCGGUAAACCAGAAACAGAUCGCCGGCGGACUCGAAGAACUGGAAUUUGUAGCCGUAUCUGAUCGAAUGCUCUACGGAGUCGAAGCGCGUGACCUCGGAAAUCGCGACCGAGUCGAAGUCGAACCUCACGAGCAGCCGCGAGUUGAAUCCGCCCGCCUCCGGCAUCACCUCCGCCGCCAGGUACAGCUCGCCUCGCCGGAUCGCCGCCCCGAUCAAUUUAUCGCACGCAAGUGGGACGAGGUCGGUUUUGACGAAUCGGUCGCCGCCGGGGUCGCAGAACCAGAGCCCGUCGGGGUGUACGUGGAUCACUCGGGCAGGCGGGCCGCCGUCGUCGUCGGAGAAAUACAACAAGCUGCAGAUCCGGCGGAGGGCGAAGGGCUCCGCGGGGAGUUGGAUUGCUGCGCCGCUGUGGAGAUUCGACAGAUGGCAGAGGCUCGAUUUCGUGUCCAUGAGGAGCAGCCAUCCACGCGAUGACGUCAGAGUUCGAUGGCCCGGCGGCACGAUUCGCCGCUUGGGGGGGAAUAGCUUCUCCUGCGAUAAGCUGUAGAAGGUUGUUGUGGUGGUGGGUUCGCCGCCGUCUUCUGUGAUUGCAAGCCACGGGUACGUUUGAUGAGGACUAGAGCCCUUUUGUCAUUCCUAAUACGAAAGGGUUCUUGAUUGUUGGCUAUACAGGCCACCAUUGUUGUACCUAGAACAUGGAUGAAUUGUAACGAAGGAAAAGAGUUCAGCUUGGUGGUUUAGCCAUGGGGGAAUUGGUGAAAGAAGAAGGUCAUAGUGGGAAGACCGGAAGACAAAUCGGGUUCGAGGAUCUCCCUCCUGAUUUGGUGUGGAGAAUAUAUUCACUCUUUUUUGCCAUGGAUCCCGGGGCAGCUGGGUUCAUGGGUUCAGUGUGCAAGUCAUGGAGGGAUAUUGUUGUUCAUGGCGACAAUGAUGUUGGAGGAAAGCUGCUGGAGAAGGAGAAGAAGAAGAACAGAGUUCCGGAACUGGAUUGCCUUUCGCAGUUGGAUUCAGUAGCGAAUCACCACUCACAUAUUCCGCUCAUGAUGACACUUAACCACCGAGAUGGGUGGUGUUUCUUCUCGCACCCUUUCCAUAUGUUUACAUACUUGAAAUACUGCCCCGAGUUGGCAAAUGCGACCAUCCGCUACUCCAACCACGGCUGGCUGCUCAUGACUCGCAGGUUCGUCGAUGUGGAGACCAAGUUGCUGGACUGCACCAACUUCUUCUUCAACCCGGUGACCAUGGAGAGCAUUGAGCUCCCUCAGGGAAUCAUCAGUCCCCAUGGACAACAACAACUACAACAAGAUCUCCCGGGGCACCGUGUUGAUUGGACCGUGUCCAUGUGCUUCACCUCUCCUCCCACCUCACCAGACUGCUGCGUGAUUGCAGCUGGCCAGUUCCCCGAUUUCGCGCUCUUAAUUUGGAGGCACGGGCUAGAUCAUUGGGAGAUUUACAGACAUCUGGGGACGACAGGAGAUGGGGAUACUUUCCCCAUCGCCGGUUCCACCAACCCUGUUGUGAUAGGACAAAGGUAUUGCUGCUGCCUAGCUAUCGACGGGAGGGUGGGGAUCUUCGACAUCGAUCGCAAGUUAUUCUCCCUGCACGAGUCGCCUUUCCCCAAACCGCAACUCGAUGACCUGAAACGAAGCUUUCUGCUCGAAGACAAUGGCGAGUUGCUCGCUGUGUUCGAUCCAAAUCCCAACAACCCAGGGGAAGGAGAUCAGCUGGGAAGUGACAUCUAUGCCAUGACCAUGAACAUUAACGGUGGUGGUUCAUCGUCGUCCCUGGCGUGGGAGCCAGUGGUGGAGUUUGGCAGGAGGCUGGGAGACAGGAUGGUGUUUGUAAGCAACUGUACAGGUAGUUUUACUAAACCGGCUAAGGUGAGGUCUGCAGGGAACAAGAUCUACUUCCCCAGUAGCAGGAACAUCUAUUACUCUCUGGCCACCAAAAAGUAUCAUGCUUUUCACCCUUUCCUGGGACCUCAGUUCUCAAGUAGCUGCCUUUUGGGCUUGAAGGAAUACCCGAUCAAUGCUUGCUGGAUCGACUCUGUGGGUGUGGUACCUGUGUCUGAUGAACAGGGGAAGCUCAUCAGUUUGAUCCGAGAUUCUCUCAUGUAAAAUGAUAUUUGAUGUUUCACAGGAACUGUAAACCAAGAUAAGCUGCAUGUGAAAAUGUAAUGACCUACGGUGUGGAAUGAAUGCAAUAAGUUAGUGCGAAUAUUGGUUUGAUUGUGGUUGGU